AUGAUUUACCAGCCCGGGGGGGCCGCUCCCAGCCUCCGCCCCGCGGACCUUGGAGCCGGGGCCUGGUCACGCCGUGGCUCCUCUCCACCAAAAAUGUUUUCUCUGGGGUCCUGGCUGCCGGCGUUGCCCGGGCUGGCGUGGGGCUGGGUGCUGCUGGAUGCCCUCCUGCAAGGGUUGGUGGGUGCCUGUGCCGUCUUGGUGCUCUGCAGCCUCCUGAAGGUUUAUCUCUACAUCCAGAGCCUGAAUGACCCGGAGAGGCAGGCGGAGAAGGAGGCGAUCCGGGCGCAGCGGUGGGUGCUGGAGCUGCUGCAUGCGGUGGUGCUGACGGCCCUGCUGGCCCUGGUGGGCUCCCGCGUGGCCGCGCUGGUGGUCCUGGAGUUCUCCCUGCGCGCCGUCUCCACCGUCCUCUCCCUCGGCAAGGGCGCCCACAGCAGCCAGCUCUACCUGCUGUGCCAGUACUCGCUGGGCUGCGGCGUGUCCUGCGGCCUCAGCUUCUUGCUGGAAGGGGCUCCCCACAGGACCUGCAACCUGGCGCUGGCGGCAGGGCUAGCGGGGCUGCUGGCCACCUACACCCAGCGUCUGGCUCGCCACGUCUGCACCCUCUACGAGCUGCACAGCCAAGCGCGUUACUGCGGUAUCUGCAUCUUCCUCCUCGCCGCCGGUCACGGCAUCCCCCGGCUGCUGCGGAAUGCUUUGGCCGUCACCUUCGCCGUGGCCGACCUGGCCGCCGUGGCGCUCAUCAACCGGGAUUUCCUCUCCACGGCGGAGGCCAUACGCUUCUGGACGCCGCUCACCAUCUGCUACACGCUGCUGGUCGUCUACAUGCAAGAGGAGUCGCGGCAGAGCACGGGCGGGCGGGCAGUUUACCAGACGGUGCUGGUACGGAUGGGCGGCCUCUUCAUCCUCCUCCUCACCGUCGGCCGGUGGACCGACGUCUUCCACGUCCUCGUCUCGCUGCUGGGAGAGCUCUGGUGCCUGCUCCGAGCCGGCGUCAUGCUGGAGGCGUGCUGGCGGCAGGUGAGAUGGCGGGGGGGCGGGGGGGUCACCUCCCCGCCACGACGCCGGGGUGAUGGGCCGGCGGCAGCCCCGAGGCCACGGUGAGGGGCCUUUCUGCUUCUCUUCUUCCAUCUCCCGUAGGAUUUCGCCCAGCAGCCUCGGUUGGACAGGCGGUUGGGAUCAGGAUCGGGAUCGCAGGAGACGUCCUGAUAAGCCCUGGGGUGUAACCGGGCAUCAGAAACUCAGGGUGGCUUUGCCCAGCUCCCCGAAACGUGGGCACCCCCCAAAUCCUCCCCGUCGCAGAUCCCCCAUGGGGACAAAGGCAAAAGGGCUCCUGGAAGGUGCUCGACCCCAUCCCACAGGGUGGGGGAGUUCGGGGGGAGGCUCACAUGGACCCUGUAUUUUUGGGGGAGCCCACAAGGCUGUGGUGGUGCUGGGGGUUUGCUCCCCGCUCCCCCCGGGGAUGCAGGAUGCUGACGGAUGUCCCCGUCCUUGGCAGCUGCAGGGCCACACCAUUGUGGUGCAGGGGCCUUCGGGGGCUUAUAAAUCUUGUAAAAUAAAGCUUUUUCCAGCAAAAUCCAUAGGCAGAGUGAGCUGAGGUCCCGUCACGUUGGAGAGGGGCUCAGGGAUGGCCGUGCAGCUUUUUUGCAGGAGGCGGGUGGUGCGGUUCAUCCCUGGGAAGGGAAACUGAGGCACAGAGGGGGUGACCCUCCAGCUGAGUGGUGCCCUCGUGCCUCAGUUUCCCCACCUGGAUGCAGCCGGCUGCGCUGUGCCAUGGGGCACCAGGCCUUGCGCGGUUGGGCUGUGGGAUUUGGAGAGGGAAGCCCUGGCUGUGGCUACUUCCCUGGCCAAGACCCCCCCAGCCCUGGAAGUGGGGAGCAGGAGGGGGGCUGGGACAGUAUGAGGGCAUAUGGGGGCAUAGGGGGGGCACCUGGGGCUGUAGAGAGGCGCAAAGGUUAUCUUGGGGGGUAUGUG